AUGGAAGCCUUUCCUCUUGACGGAUUUGAUGGAUACACAUCCAAGACAUUCGUCUUCAAGACGGAUCCUGAUGGCAAUGCCAUCCAUACAGAUGUGGUUUACCCUACUCAGGCGGUAGACACACCGAGCACUGUUCUCAUCCAUUACCACGGCGGAUUCUUAGUGUUUGGUGACCGGUACAGCUUCCUCCCGUACUGGCUUGUCCAUGCAUCCGUCGCUCGUAACUGGAUCUUUGUGACCCCGGAGUACCGCCUCAUUCCAGAAUCAACAGCCCAUGCCUCAGUUGAGGACGCAGUGGAUGCCUAUAAAUGGGUGAGAUCCUCGCUGCCGGACCUGCUUGGACGCCCCGUUGGCUCGCUGCUGGUGGCUGGAUCAAGUGCUGGUGGUUAUCUUGCCCUGACCACCACAGCUAUUGUGGCCGAGAAACCGGACGCUCUGUUGUUGGUGUAUGGAAUGCUCGACGCAGCUGGACCUACCUACACGACCCCCGGACCCAAUAUCUUUGGCAUGCCCGCAAUCGAGACAGGUCCAAUCUUACGCGAAUUCCCAAUAACGAAAGAAGGCGACGACAGGAAGAAACUCUCCGCGUACAAAAUGCCUCCCGAUAUCACCACCGAUCCAAGAUCUUCCCUCGUCUCAGCCCUUCAUAUCGAAGGAAUUUUCGUAGACUAUAUGACAGGCGUGGCUGGACAGGGUCAUGCUAUUUCGAAACAAGGAGUGGAAGCCAUUGCAGACAGAGAUCGCCAUCUCUUUCCCUUGACGUUUGCGAAGCUAGCCGGGAUGCCAAGUACGUUCUUACUUCAUGGAGUGAAUGACUCAGGGGUCCCCAUCUCGUGCAGUGAAAAGGCAGCCGAGAGGCUUCGAGCCGCGGGUGUCGAGGUAAUAGAAGAAUUCCCGGCAGAUGCAGAUCACGGCUUUGAUACGAGAGUUGGCAAUAUAAAUGUGGAGAGUGCAGAGGGCGAUGGACUGAUUGCCGUCGGGAGUCUUAGGAACGCUAUUCAGUUCCUCAGCUCCUCAGUUGCAAAGUAG